AUGAAUAUGGAGGUUGUUAAUGAGGCUAGAGUAGUAGGGUUUGGAGUAUUCUUGGUUAUUGUCAUUGCACUGUUGAGCCCAUCUUUGGUUGUUGGGCUGAAAGAUGAAACUGAAAAAGUGAAAAUUCCGCAAUUGUGUCCUCAAUGGGCUUUCUUAUAAUUUGGAUAUCAUGACAUUGCAGUUUUGAGUACUAGUACUAAUAAUCACAAUCUGACUUCCUCCGAGGAACAUGCUUCAGUCAAGAGCAACUACAAUGGAGGUGGAAGUAAUGGUGGCGGAGGUGGCAGCGGAGGUGGAGUAGGUGUUGGAGGUGGGAGGGGAGCAUGGGGAGGAAGUGGGGGAGCAAGUGGAGGUAGAAAAGGCAAGGGUAAAGGGAAAGGUAAAGGCCAUAAGAAAUAAGGAAAGGAAAAUGGCAAGGGUAAAGGAAAUGGAGGUGCGGGGGUUGGAGGUGGGGGAGGUGGUGGUGGAGGAAAUGGCAUUGGCCACAGAAGCGGUGGAGGAAGUGGAGGUGGUGGAGGAGGGGGUGGUAAAGGUUGUUGGGUUUGGAGAUGUGGUGGUCAUCCAAAAUCAAUUGGCCGGUCCGAAAGUUAA